GCCGGGCUCAGGCUCACCGGGACAGCCCCGGAGGCGGAGCCGGGGCUGAGGAAACGAAAGCGAAAGCGGCGGGGGCGGGCGGGGCGGCGGGGGAGGGCUCCCGGGGUGCCGGUGGGUCCGGCCCCGCCGCCCUUUCGCCAUGGACUCGGAAGAGAGCUCCUUCGUGCGGCUGGAAGGCCCCCAGGGCCUGCAGGACAGCGGCUCGGAGAUGACCCCCGAGCAGGUCCGGCAGGAGAUCGAGCGCUACAAGGAGCUUUGUAGUGCUGUGGACCAAGAAAACGCCGCGCUACAAAAGGAAAAAGAAGAGACAGAGCAAAGGAUACAACAGGUGAAGAACACGAUAGAGCUCAUUCAGGAAAAUAUCCAGCAGCACAAUCCUCUGGAAGAUCUAAUCCAAUCCCUCCAGUCCGAAAUUUUUUUAGCAAAGGAGGAGAAGAGCGGACUGAAGCAGGAGAAGGAGAUGUUGGAGGAGAAACUGGAAGAAAUGAGGAAGAAGGGCUGGGAGGAUCCGAUGAUGAUGUUGCCUGCCCUGCCAGAGAGGAACCUGGUGUUUAAGGGACUUGUGACAGACAAGGAGGACAUGAACAAGCUGAUGCUCACCCCGCUGAUCCGCUACCCUCUGCAGGGCGGCUCAGCUCUCAUCACCUUUGAGAAAGCAGAGGUGGCCCAGAGGGUGAUCGAGGUGAAGGAGCACACGGUGGAGCUGAGCAACGGGGAGAGCCUGGAGGAGCCUGACCGCUGCCGAAUGCGAGUGCAGGCGAGCCCGGUGGACGUGCUGCUGCCAUCCGCCCUGGAGAUCGGGCUCGCUCGGAGCAGCAAGAGCAUCCUAGUGUCCGGUCUGCCCAGCCGGGUCAUCCCCGAGGACAUCCUGCUGGACAAGCUGGAGCUCUUCUUCAGCAAGACGAAGAAUGGGGGCAGCGAGGUGGAGAGCAGGGAGUUCCUGGACGACUGUGGCCAGGUGGUGCUGACCUUCGUGCACGAUGGAGUGGCUGAGCAGCUCAUCGCUAGAGGGCAAGUCCAGGUGCCUAUCGGGAAAGCAAAAUACAAGCUCAAAAUAUCGCCCUACAUGAGAGGAGAGGUCACUAACAUCCAGUUCCAGCCCUCCCGCUGCGCCAGGACCGUCCUGCUGUCGGGGAUCCCCGACGUGCUGGCCGAGGAGCCCAUGAGGGAUGCUCUGGAGAUCCACUUCCAGAAGGAGAGCCGUGGCGGGGGAGAGGUGGACACCUUGGGCUACGUGCCGGCGGGGCGCCGGGCGGUGGCUGUGUUCGGCGAGUAGCUGGGCUACCCCUGAGCACCGCCGGGGCGUGAAACGAGUGAAUUUAAUAUUAAAAGUGCCUGCGGGGA